AUGGCACGACGACCAGCAAGAUGUUACCGGUACUGCAAAAACAAGCCGUAUCCCAAGUCUAGGUACAACCGCGGAAUUUUCGAUCUUGGUCGAAAGCGCGCCACCGUUGACGAGUUCCCACUUUGCAUCCAUUUGGUUUCCAACGAAUAUGAACAGUUGAGCUCUGAGGCUUUGGAGGCCGCGCGAAUUUGCGCCAACAAGUACUUGGUCAAGAUUGCCGGAAAGGAAAGUUUCCAUCUCCGUGUCCGCGCCCACCCAUUCCACGUUGUCCGUAUCAACAAGAUGUUGUCAUGUGCCGGUGCCGAUAGACUUCAGACCGGAAUGCGUGGUGCCUGGGGCAAGCCCAACGGAAUCGUUGCCCGUGUCAACAUUGGCCAGAUUCUCUUGAGCGUCCGCACUCGUGAUGUCCACAGAGCUACCGCUCUCGAGGCUCUCCGACGAUCACAAUACAAGUUCCCUGGCCGCCAAAAGAUCAUCGUUUCCAAGAACUGGGGCUUCACUCCUCUCCGCCGCGAAGAAUACCUGGAGAAGAAGGCUGAAGGAAAGGUCAUGGUUGACGGUGCAUAUGUUCAGUUCUUGAGCAACAAGGGCAAGCUGGCCGACAACGUCCGUCGUUUCCCCGCCGCUUUCCAGGAGGCAUAA